CCUUAAAGUUGGGUGCGCUUUGUUCAUUCUCUCCUUUUCUGCGUGGACGCCGAGAGGGAGAACAUCUGCAGCUCGACAUUCCGAACUUGCGCUCCGAGACAAACGCAGUCUUCUCUAAAACAAUGGCCGGACGUCUCAAGGACUAUCAUCUAUGUCCCGCCUGUUCGAACAUCUUCACAGAUCCUCUCAUGCUGCCGUGCGGUCACAGCUUCUGCCGUACAUGUCUGCACCAGUUGAUUGCCACAGACAAACGAUUGUGUCAACUCUGUGGGAGAGCGUUUGGAUUGAGGGAUCCGCGUCCGAACAUUGCAGUCAGGGCGAUAUGUGAGGAAAUUGUCAAGUCAGAAGACAUGUGCAGCUUGCACAAAGAGGAACUCAACUUCUUCUGUUUGGACCACCAGGAGCUUGUGUGCCCCGAAUGCAUCUCUACAGAAAUCCAUGCUGGCCACAAGUUCAAGUCCCUCAAAAAAAUUGUGAAAGGUCAUCAUAAGGAACUCCAGGAAGGCCUGCAAGAGGCCAAGGGAAGACUCAAAGAUUACAAUGACUGUAAAGUCAACUUAUUUGAACAGGCAGGGUACAUCAAAGUCCAGAGGGCGAAUGUCGAACGCAAGAUUAGGAAGGAUUUUAAGGAGCUCCGUCUCUUUCUCGACGUCGAGGAGGAGGCCAGGUUGGCUGAUGUCAUGGAGGAAGAGAAGAAGAAGAGUCAAACGAUAAAGGAGAAGAGAGCGGCUCUCGGCGAACAAAUCGCCGCUCUCUCGGAUGUCGUCAGCAGCACUGAGAAGCAGCUGAAGUCUGACAACGCUUCUUUCAUGAAGAACAUUGAGACUGCGAUGAGCAGAAUCCAGGAGCUGCCUGAGAAGCCGCAGCUGCUACCAGGAGCUCUGCUGGACGAAGCCAAACACGUGGGCAACCUCAAGUUCAAGGUGUGGGAGCGGAUGAAGGAGACGCUCGCCUACAGCCCAGUCAUUCUGGACCCCAACACAGCCAAUCCAAGAAUCUGUCUGUCCGAAGAUCUAACCAGUCUGAGUUUGAAAAAAUUACAGCAGGAGCGUCCAAAGAAUUCAGAGAGGUUCCAGGGGGAGACUCUGCUGGGUUGUGCUUCGGACCCGGGAAGACAACAGUGGCUGGGAAUUAGGGGUUGUGUGGAUGGACCUUCGUUUGCCAGAGAAAAUGAAGGGUUGGAUCAUUGGAUUUUGUAAUCAGGCAUGGAAAUGGGUCAGGGGUUGAUGGGGGUAAAUAUUACGUGCCUUAACAUUAGCACAUUAUGUAUGAUUGGCCCUGUGCCCUACCAUAGUAAGAAGGGAAUCUACAUUCACAACGAGAUAACUUGUUUAGCACGAUAAUAUUGUUUUAUUCCCAUAGUCAAAAGGGAAUCACACAAGAUAACUUGUUUUGCAUCUGUUACAGCACUGCUCAUUUGUUCCCAUGUGAAAAGCCCUUUUCCAAGGGGGCUGAACCAAAUGUAGCUUUAAUGUAAGUCAUUGGACGGGGUAGCGCCGCUCGGGGAUGGAAGUGGCCUCUCCGCAUCCCUAUAAAAACCGGGCAUUUCCGGGCGACCAGUGAAGUCUGCUGGUGGAUUAACGCGCAGAUCGCCCAGCUUUGUCCUUUCGCCGCUCUUACUGGAGUGCUGGCCCCGCUUCCCACUCAUUUUGUCACGGUAAGCGACUUUAAAGUGAUCCUCUAACUUAAAUACAUGUAGGCUCUAAUAAACCACACUUUUUCUCUUGUACUAAAGUAUGUUGUUAGAAACACAUAAAAUGUUAAAUCAAUGGCAAUAUUUUAUAAUAUUUAGUCCAUAUUUUGACCGUUAGUUGGCGCCAUGGUUUGCGGGCUCGCAGUGAUGACGUCAUUGGUAUCUUUCCCAAAUGUGUAACGUGUUCAACAAUUGCUUAUUGCUGCUUAAACUCUCUAAGUAAAAUGCCACGAUGUGCUGCUUUUGGAUGCAAUUUCCAGUCAAAUGGAAACAAGGGGAGUGAAGUGAGUGGUAAAGGUGGAAUUAUUAUUUUUAGUCAAUAAAUGUGCAUAAGUGGAAGCUUCUCCCCCUUUUUGGUCCCUGCAUGCACGUAUCCUACCCACCACGCGUUACAACUGGCGCCCGAACCAAUAAUGGUUUUGGAUCUGUCCAUUUUUGUUAAUCGGAUCAGUCUAUUUUGUGGAAUCGACGGCCUGAUCGCGGCUGCUAUUUUGCCAUGGGAUCGGUCUAAUUCCUGGAUCUUCGAGGGAGUAAAAAAUGUGGAUAUGAUUAGUAUUGCAAUCUUUUUUGUUGACUAUCCUACGUGAGAGUUUUCCCCAAAUCAUACUAAAUAAUUAAAGCACUAUGGCACGCUACAGUGACGACAGUGACUCUGACGUGGACCUUACAACAAUGUUGCAGUUCGUCAGGGAAUGUGUGUUUGCGUACUGCUGAGUUCCCGAGUGAAGAGUGGUCAAGGUGGAAAUAUUUUUUGUGAAUAAAUGUGCAUAAGUGGAAGCUUCUCCCCUUUCUGGUACUUUUAUAUACGUAUCCUAGCUACCACGCGUUACAAUGUACAAAACCUGGAUUACACAAGGUGUCCUCUUUGGCCUGUACUGUAUGUAAAGCACACGACAGCUCUAGAUGCUAACAAUCUUCAUAGUUAUAUUGGGAUAAGUUUGAAUCGCAAUAUGCUUACCUUGAAUAUCUGCUAAUAAAACCGGACAGCAUACACUCUUCGCUCCCAACCGGAGUUCCCCGCAGGACUCUCUCGCAUCACCAGUUUUGCCCAACUUUUGUCUUAUCAGGUAUUUGCUGCAUGCAUUUUCAUCCUGGAGCUCGUCUUGUGAACGACCGACAGUGCUGUCCUGCUCUUCACUUUUCAGAUCUGGUUCAAAUAGGAAGGGUAGAACUGACGACAUGUUGGGAAAGCUAACAAGUGACGCGCUGGAAUUAAGGCAACGGGACCAGUGACGUCACGCACUGCAACUAGACAUGUGCCGGUUACCGGUUUCACGGUUUACCGUGGUGUGAAAACGUCGCGGUUUCAAAACCACUAAAAUUUUCCGUCAUACCUUAGUACGGUAUUGGCUAUUUUUCAUGUGCCAAAAUGCAGCCGAAGUGGCUUGGUGCGGCAGUGCUCACCCCUUCCCCUGUUUGUUGCCGUGAGUGUCAGUGACGCUAUUCUGCUAAACAGCCAGCAAACCCAAAACAUCCUCCAAACACAAGGCGUACUUUUCUUCAAUUUAUUGAGCUCUCAAAUCGUGGUGAAAUAUACAAAUGAAUACAUUUAAAACGUUGUACAAUUGUAUUUUUCCACGUGUGAUUAGGUUCAACAGGAUAGCAGUAGCACCAUUUAAAAAGUUCACCAAAAACAAAACACACAUUUUCCUUUCAAAUUCAAUAUAAAAACUAACUAAAACUUACAAAGACGAAUGUUAGUCGAGGUUUUAUGUCUCACAGCCGCUGAGUGAGAAACAAGCUCAGUGUUUCCCCUAGGAUUUUUUGAAACUGUGGUGGUGGUGGGCCGAGUCAGAGUCUGAGUCGGACAACACCAUCAUGUGCCGCGGGGAAUGUGUUUCAUAUCAUGACAAAUAAGAUUUUUUUGACAAGAUUAAUUUUUUCUAAGAACUUAACCUUUGCAAAGUUUGCAUCCUCCCUGCGAAUAUUAGAUUUUCCGGGACAAAUAAAUAAAUAAAUAGGGAAAUCAGCAAUAAAUGGUCAAUUUUUAGAGAGGCAUGCUGCAAGAUUGUCCCCCUGAUUCUCAAGUCUGUCUUCACUUACACAGGAAGAAGAAAAUCAAAUAUGUCUAAUUUACAUUAGUCAAUCCGACUUCAGUUCAAACUGUAGUCUUUGUUGGAGUUACUUUUCUGAUUGUUAGGGCAAAUUCAUAUCAUGAUUUGUUUCAAUGAGAUGAAAUGUACUUCUUUCAAUGUAAAUGCACCAUCUGUUUUGUAAUUUUUUGUAUAAGGAAUACUGUAUGCCAGGUUAUAGACAAUAAUAAUAAUUUUCAUAGUUUAUAGACAAUGAACCUUUUUCAACACCAGAAUUUAAGGUAAAAUAAUACAAUUAUGAAUUUAUUAUUAUUAAAAUUAAUAGGUGCAGGAUUUUUAACACUCACCUUGAUUUGUGUGGUACAGCCAUGGCUUGAACUUUGCCAUUUCUGUCCAUGUUGGGUCCCUGCUAGAUUCUGUUUCCUUUUUUUUUCUUAGUUGAGAGUUCUCCUACGUUGAACCGUGCACUUUCCUGAUCUUCAUCUCCAGCUGUGAUCUUGCCUCAUUUGAAAACUUUAUAUAAACAUUAAAAUACACCGCUUUCCAUAACCAUUUCGUUAUUUCUACUCCUCAGAACGUGAGAGCUAAUAUCUUCGUAACUGGGGAGUGUGAGCCUCAUGUUCUGAAAUAUUUAAUUAGCUUCAGAUGCUAAUUAAUUAUUUAGGAACGCGACGGUCUAGAUCACCACAACAAUAAUUGUCAUUUUGUUAGCGGACCCUCGUACUCAUGAAUUUUAGUCUUUCCAAAAAAACUACUUCGAAAUCCUCGUCUGAAAUUACUUGUGACGUAAGCGCCGAGCAAAUGCUAUGCUAGGAGGCGACGAUUCGGGUCAAAGACACGACAUAAUGAACUUCAACGUUAUGUCAAUGUCAAUAUUAAGGUCGUGUUGACAGUAUAAGACAGAAGUAAAUUUAUUAACUUCAAACGCCUCUCUGUGGAUUUUUCUCUCCAUUUCGAUCCCCACGCCGACGAACUCGAGGCGCAAACUUUCAGUAGGAGAACGGAUACGCUUUUCAAAAUAAAGCGUGUAAAGGAACAAUUUGUGUUUGUCAUGCUAUUUCAGACGAUUUAUGGUUAAUAGUGCGUAAAAAUGAGCUUCUUAUAUCCAUUUAGACGUCAUGUUGAAUUAGGGCUGGGCGAUAUGGCCUUAAAGAUGUAUCACGAUAAAUUGAGCAGAUUUAUCUCGAUAACGAUAAAUGACGAUAAAUUCGCCCAAGCGGACUGUUAUAUAAUUUGAAAAUCUGAAUCAAUGCAUGAAAUACAGAUGAACUAUUUCUUGUUGAUUUAUUUACCAGCAUUCAAUUUGAUAUACUGUAUUUAACCCUAUAACACCGAACGUGUCGGCAGCGACGCGUUUAUGCAUAUCGUCUUUGAAGCUUCGUCACGCUGUAAUUACAUCACCCACGUGCUGCUGGUUGGUCUUGUUUGAAAGUGCGGAAGUUGAUGUCCACACCAGUUUUUAUUUGAAGUCAAUCGGCCAAGAAAAACGGGAGAUAAUGUCAUUUGAGUUUUAUAGUUUUAUUGCACUCAUAAAUAUGCAUUAAAACGCUGCAUGGACCAUGUAUCCAUCUCCAUAUUUCCAUCAUUCCUUGUCCUUUUUCAAAACCGAAAGCAGCACAAAAGAUUACUUAUCCCAAGAGUCGUUGUGAUGUCAGGAAGGACGAACCGAAUGUGAUCAUUUUUUAUAAAUUUCCGAGCGAGGCGCCAACUAUUGAAAGGGAGACAUGCUAAGCAAGCAGCGACCGGUAUUGUGCCGAAAAAUGCACAACACCAGUUGGUUUGAGCGAGCGACUUUGAAACGUGCAGAAUGAAUCUAAAACUACAUUUAGCACAAGCUAAUGCAUUAUUUCAUGAACUCAAGGAAGAAGAUGAGUCGCAUUUGUCGUUGUUUUCCUCUGAUGAAUCGGCGUCUCGGCGAGUAGAAGUGACAGCAGAGCGCAAACGGCGAAAGAGUAGGCUGUGUGACGUUGUGUGUGACGCAGCUCCGUGACCUGUUCAAGAAGCUUUAUUGAGUGCGCAAAAAAAAGAAACAACACUUUAUUGGGUCGCAUGCCUGAAAAUUUUGAAUUGAACUACUUGUCAAUAUUUUAAAAAUACUUUUUUUCAAUGUUAUAUAUAUUUUUUCUUCACUAUAAUCUUUUCAAUUUUUAUGUAGAUGUGUGUUCGAGAAGCUUGAUUGCAUGUACGUAUAUACUUUUGAUAAGAUGACACCUAACUUCACAGAGAUAUUUUCCAAACCCUUUUUGUGUUAGAUGAUAUAAAUUUUUUUCUCACUAUUUUGCACACUAUAUAACCUGUUUUGACCAUAGUAUGUAUAAAGGCCAAAAACGCCUAUGACCAUACCUGCUGUUUGUGUUGAAUUGUCAAACAUAAAACUAUUCAAUCUUAUUUUUUUCUAUUGAAUGUUUAUCCUAACAAGUUGAAUAAAUAUUAUCAAGCUUCAAAACGGUUGGUCGAGCAUGUUUGGUUGUCAAUUUGACGUCAACAUUACACAUUUUGAAAAAAGAUUUUGGGAUUUUUUUGUCUUUUUGGGUCCAAAAUGUGGAUUAUAAUUGGUCAGUGGAGAAAACAACAGUUUAGACAUGACGUUCAAGGUGUCCUGAAAAAAGGGACCCAAUUUGGCCAUUGUAAACAAUUUUUUCUUUGAACUAUAAAGGCACCUCAAAUGCAUGCGAAUUCGGCCAAAAUAGGCUUAGGUGUUAAAGGGUUAACAAUUGUACAUGCAGUCUCAACAUUAAGUUUAUAAAAAUGUAUUGUAAGCAAUAAGAAUUGAAGUAUGAACAUUUAUAACAGCGUGUAUGACUUGAACAAUGUUGAACAAUGUACAUUGUCAAAACCAAUAUGCCUGUGCAAACAUGUAAUUGUAACACAAAUGACUUGCAGCUUGAACAGUACACUUCAAAAAGACAACUUAUUGUUAAUGGCUGCUGUGACAUAAUUAUUAAAUACAAGUGUUUACUUUAUGGUUUAAGGUUUUUUUUCCCCCCAGGGCAUUUUUUAAGGUUAGAGCCGCUAUCCGACUCCAUAACGUUCAUUUGUAGCGUUAGCCGCUAGCUAGCGUUAGCCUGGCUACCAGUAGAAAGCACUGAAAGCACCAUCUCCGGAAAUCGUGAGAACAAAGGAGGACAGCGAGUGAAAGCCCGUCUGGAUGCCACCAAGAGUCUACUAAAUGUCGGUUGAAAGUUUGGUGAACCUCCCUUAAGCCACACUCCAUCACGUUUUGCUUGUAGCGUUAGCUGCUAGCGUUAGCCUACCAGGCUUUUGUUUGAUUGGCUUCCUGAUGACCACGUGACUCCCUACUUAAGCACAUUCACUGCUUUCUUAAAGGGGAAUGAACAUAGACGAACAACACAGAAUCAAAGCGGGAUGAAAAGACUAUAUUUUCUUGAUUUAUUAAUUUACCGAAUUUACCGACAUGGUCAAAAUUACGUCGGUCAUCGUUAAGAAUUUCGGUGACGGUAAAUUUUCGGUUUACCGCCCUGCUCUAUGUUGAAUAAUACAAAUUAAUAAUUAGAUUUUCCCACCCCAAAAAAUCUGCAAGGUGUGGCGGCUUUUAUUUUGGUGUGGCGCAGCGCCACGAUUUUUAAUAUGUAGGGGAAAGCCUGAAGCUUGAAUGAAGGGGGGAAAGGAAAAGAAUCACGUCAAAGAUCGCAAAUUGAGAAGAGGUCUCACUCCUCACUUUUUUUUUUUUUUUUUUAGAUGAAACCUUUCCUCAACAAUAUUUACAUUUCAACUAAUUUAUUAAACUAACUUAUACAUCUUUAACUAACUUAUUAAUUUACGAAUUAUUUGUUCUUUUUAACACAAAGGCAUGGCAUCAUGUAGACUAGAGUUGACACAGUGGCUGAAAAUGGCGAAACUUCACUUGAGCUUCCCCCCUCAAAAAAAAGUCAUACAGUAUAUAUUUUUAAUUUUAUUUAGAAGUGUUUUUACUUUUUAUAGCAAUUAUUUUGUUCUUACUCUAAUAUUGAGCAACUUGAGCUGUGGCUGUGGGUAUAGUCUAGGUUCUAUUUAUUUUAUUUUUAUAUUAAAUAUUUGUUAUUUUUUGUUAAUUUAUUUAUUUUCACAUUAUAUUCAUGUUACAAUUUGCAAAUAUGUUUUGAAAAAAAACUGUUCAACGGAUUUUUUUUUUUUUUUUUUAAACCCAUACAUCUCAAAAUUUUGGAGCUAUAAUUGCAAUACCUCGAUACCGUGAAACCGCGGUAUUUUUGCUCACGGUUAUCGUACCGUGAAAAUCUCAUACCGGCACAUGCCUAACUGCGACGUAACAAGAAUGGCGACCUAUCACUUAAAAUAACUUUACAAACUUUAUUAAAACAAAACCAUUAAGAGGGGUUUUAAUAUCAAAUUAUAACUCAUACUAAAAUGUAUUUUUUAAGAAUUGUCUUAAAAAUUGAGGAUCCCUUUAAGGGACAAUUUGGUUGUGCUGUAACAGUAACACGGGGGUUGUGACAUUGGCAAACUCAAAUCUAGCGUGAGGUUACUAUUUGAUGCGUUUGUUUUUGAUACCUGUUUGCUUGCUCUUGUGGGAUUGUAAUCAAUAAAUCACGUCUAUUCUGCAAUUGUCGUAAAUAAAUAUUGUCUAUUGAGCAAACGUGUGCCUGUAACUGAUUCACCGCAAACCUGAAAUUUCAUACAACAGGGGUUAAAAAGGUGAGAAGGGUGUGGAGUAGGGCUGCAGCUAUCGAUUAUUUUAGUAGUCGAUUAAUCGAUAAACCAUUAGUUCGAAUAAUCGAGUAAUCGGAUAAGGAACAUGAAAAAUUAACUGAGCUGAGCCUAAAACGGUAUAAAAAAUAUAUAAAUGAGGAUCUAUGUACAAAAAAAGAACAAUUGGCUAACUUACAUCGCUAAAGUCCGCUAGUUCAAAAGCUAUAAAAUGCUAAAACUUUUUUACAAUGCUCUUAACAAAUGGUUCAGACACAUUCCCACAAAAAUAGGCUAAAUAUACCUAUAAAAUAAAUUAUGAAUGCAUUAAAAAAAAUAAAUCCUCAAACAAAAUUUUGCUUAUGUUGGUCUUAACAGGGUGCACCUGGAUUCAGCCAUGUGAAUUGAGGCCGAAUAGAAGGCAGUGUAUCCACCCUAAUCAAUAAAACUAAAUGCAAGCACUUUCAAAAUAAUCCAUUACAACAUCACUUUAAUUAAACGAAUACUCGAAUCAGCAAAAUUUAAUUCGAAUAUUUUUUUCUAAUCGAAUACUCGAGUUAAUCGAUUAAUCGUUGCAGCUCUAGUGUGGAGGAAAUAUGUUCCAGUAGGGCUGUCCCAAACGACUAAUUUUUACAAUUAGUAGUAGGGGUGUAACGGUACACAAAAAUCUCGGUUCGGUACGUACCUCGGUUUUGAGAUGACGGUUCGGUUCGUUUUUGGUACAGUAAGAAAACAAAAUACAAAUGUGCUAGUUGUUUAUUACACAAUUUUCUGCUUUCAACAAUAGGAACAUUAGCCUAUACAAAGCCAGAAUUCUGCUCACAAAUAGAAAAUACAAUAUUCUGAAAAGUAGAUAUUUUGAAGAACAAAAUAAAAAUAACCGAGACUUUUUCUUUAAAAUAUCUGAUGUGCAAAAUUCAACAGUUGCAACACAACAGUUUCAAGUUUCUCAUAUUAACUUUGACCACAGCCUCGAAAAGUAAGGGUUAUUAGGGCUGUCAAACGACUAAAAUUUUGAAUUGAGUUAAUCACAGCUUAAAAAUUAAUGAAUUGUAAUUAAUCACAAUUCAAACCAUCUCUAAAAUAUGCCAUAUUUUUCUGUAAAUUAUAUAUGGAAUAGAAAGAUAAGACACAAGACUGAUAUAUACAUCCAGCAUAUUGUACAUACGUACUGUAUUUGUUGAUUUUACAAUAAAUCCACAAGAUGGCAUUAACUAGAGAUGUCCCGAUCGAUCGGCAUCCCAAUCGAUCAGGUCCGAUCACGUCACUUUCAAAGUAUCAGAAUCGGCAAAAAAAUAUCGGGCAUGCCCUUUUUUAAUUUAUAAUUUUUUUUAAAUCGUUUAACGUUACAGACAUGAUGUGUUACACUCUUCCAGAGUCUUUAGUUUAAGCUUAAGGUAGGGUUAUCACAUUUAUCGCGUUAACUGCGAGAAUUCAUAUUUUUUACAUUUAUCACGUCACAAUAUUUAACGCAAUUAACGCAUGCGUUACACGACCUACUCACGCAUUGUCGCGUUAAAUCUAUAAUGGCGCCGUUUUACCCAUAUAGUAUAUAAUGUAGAGCUGAAACAAUACUCGAGUAACUCGAGUUUAAAAACUGAUCCAAGUAAUUUUAUUCAACUCGAGUAAUCGUUUAUUUUGACAGCUCUUAGCAUCACGUUUUGCUCGGACUAUUUUUAAUGCGGGACAACACGCUAAUGUCACGUGCGUAUAGGGAGAAGCACAAAAAAAAAAAUGCCGACGUUGCUAGCCCGCACGAUGCUACGUUGAUAGCAGGUAGCGUCUAAUGAGUCUCAUAGAGAUCACAUGUAUGUUCAACUAGAUGCGAAAUGACAGACUCGGCCGCGUCUGGGCAGCGUUAGUAAACAGCCGCCAUCUUAAAGCAGUAGAGCGCUAAGCGCUAAUAAAGAGCGCUAAUAAAUAAGAUUAACGUUACUUUCACGCAACGUUAGCCCUGCGGAGGGCUAGGUUUCUAUUAUGACCACUGUCGAUGCGUGGCUAACGUGUCUUACAUACAGGCUUUAACAUAACAGCGUUGUGGAGUGAUGAGGGUGUAAAAUAAAAACUCAAUAAUGCUAACUAUCAAUUUUAGCUCAGUAGUCAUUGCUGGAUAAAACACCAAGCAGCACUGGUCCCUAAUGUGCUCCAAUACAGCCUGUAUCAUACAUUUAUUUUGAACACUGCAAAAACUCUAAAUCCUAAACUUAAAAAUGGCUUGACACAAAUAGAAAU